GGAGAGGGAUCUGGGAAGACCUGGCUGGUGCUCAGACAAAUAACUCUGUCCUGUCCCAGCACUGCAGAGAGAGAACAGCCUCGGAGCUGAGCGGACAACAUGAAGGUCUCUCUGUUGUUGCUCUUCCUCUUCCUUCACACUCGCUACUGCUCCUCCCAGUCUUCUGGAAUCCGAGGAGAUGCUCUGGAAAAGCCCUGUGUUCAGCAGCCCCUGGACUGUGAUGACAUCUAUGCCCAGGGUUACCGAACCAAUGGGGUUUACCUUAUCUACCCCUCAGGACCCAGUGUUCCUGUGCCAGUCUUCUGUGAUAUGAGCACUGAUGAGGGCAAAUGGACGGUUUUCCAGAAGAGAUUCAAUGGCUCCGUCAGCUUCUUCAGGGGCUGGAAUGACUACAAGCUGGGCUUUGGUCGAGCUGAUGGGGAGUACUGGCUGGGGCUAAAGAACAUCCACCUCCUGACUCUGAAACAAAAGUAUGAGCUGCGUGUAGACUUGGAAGACUUUGAGAACAAUACAGCCUAUGCCAAGUACACAGAAUUCUCUAUUUCCCCCAAUGCUGUCAACGCAGAGGAAGAUGGCUACACUCUCUAUGUAACUGGUUUUGAAGACGGGGGAGCAGGUGAUUCUCUUUCCUACCACAGUGGCCAGAAAUUCUCCACCUUUGACAAGGACCAGGACCAAUUUGUGCAGAAUUGUGCAGCACUCUCAUCCGGAGCCUUCUGGUUCCGGAGCUGUCACUUUGCCAAUCUCAAUGGCUUCUAUCUUGGGGGGACCCACGUUUCCUAUGCCAAUGGUAUCAAUUGGGCCCAGUGGAAAGGAUUCUAUUAUUCCCUUAAGCGUACUGAAAUGAAGAUUCGCCGUGUCUGAGGGCAGCACCCCUUUAUGUAACAAUUAUAGCCCUCAUUCCCAUCUUUCACCCAGCUCUCUAUUCAGUUACUGGCUUCUGUGGCUAUUCAUUUUUCUAUUGACUCCCCUACCCUUGUAUUUUUGCUAUUUGUCAGUUAGUACUUAUUUCUGACUCCUAAGCUAAUGGCCUUUGCCUUUUACUCAGCUGUUGUCAGUCCCACCUAGAUCUAACUCAUUUUUAUGCCUAGAUAUCAAUGAGGAGAGUGGUGUAUUGGAUACAGGGCAGCCUUAGAGUUAGGAAGAUCUGGGUUCAAGUCUUCUCUCUAACACAUACUACCUAGAUUAUCCUGAUUAAGUCAUGGAACCUGUGUCCAAAGACAACUCUCUCUGACACAACUCCAGAUAAAUUAUCUAUUUACGGGAAUGAGAUUUUUCUUUACAGGCAAUUCCCCCACAUCAAUGAAAGUACAUGUCUAGACCAAAAAACCCAAACCCACCAAAAUUUUGCUAUUAUUCUGAUGCUGUUAACCCUACCCCAGAUCUAGUUUAUUUUUACAUCCAGCUAAUACCACCACAUCUAACCUAAGGCUCAUUACCUACAACGUGGCUCCUUCCCUAAAGAGGCUGAAUGAACCAUUAACCUUUUGCCAUCUAAAUACAGUUGUUUACUAACCAUGCCCUCAGAUUUUUUCUAAUAAAUUGUGCCCAUAGACUAUCUAAGAAACCAGCUUCAUUUGGCUAUCAUACUCAGCUAUGACUACAUACUUACCCCAGAAAUGGCUGUUUUGUCACUUAGGAAUAUGAUUGUCAUAGGGGUCACCAAAGAGUCAGUAGUUCAUUAGCUGUGGUCUCUUAAAUUCCGACCUGGAGCCAGCUGCCUUUGGCAGUCUUCUUUAGUUGUCAAUUCUUCACUCCAGGGCCAGCUAAUAUCGUGCUGUCAUAAUGAGUCGUCGCUAUGUCCCACUGCAGAGCCAACUCUACUCUGUUGUUUAUAUAUAAUGGCUGACAACUCUCCUACCCUCUCCUUUCCUGAAACCAUAUUCCAUUUCAGAGGUGAGUAUCAGAAAGGGCCACACUCCAGUACCAGCUGUGCCUAACCUCCUUCAUUCCCUCAAAGCUAGUUAGUUGCUUUCUGUUCUAUUUCCCAAUUUAUAUUGCACACUAUUGAUAAAAAUGCAUAAAGUCCAGUCAUCCCACCCCAUCUAAUCAAGUGCAUUUUAGUGGCAAAUAUAAGGAAGGAGGGUGGGAAGGAAAUGGAUCGUUGUUAAGGUGAAACUAUCUUACCACAAUACUUUAAGUCUACUCCCAGUCAGCAGCUCCUACAUCCCCUUCAGAUCGUGUCCUUCAGACAGGAGAACAGAAACCACCUCUACAGCAGUUUGCUGGGAGCACGAAGUGGAGAAGAGAGAGAUAGGAUAAGGAGUAGACUAGCUACAAAGACAGCAAAGUGGAAGCCACAAUUUGUCAAUAAACCUACAGGAAUACCCAAUCUAAA